ACACGAAGGGGGCGUGCCUUUAUUUUUAGAUCAGCGGUGCGCCUGGUGCGGAUUGAUGAUUGAUCCAGUCUGAUCUGGGAUUUGUUUUUCCUUCAGUGCAUUUUAAUUUUCGCACCACUUGAUUCCAAUUUAAGGAUGACCUCGAGCAGAUAGGCUUAAAAAUCAAUUAGUCCCCGAUGCAACUGUACAGUCGAGGCUUGCAGAAGUGGUUGGACAAGUGGCCCGGCAAGAAGACAAUAGGAAUUUACAGAUUUUUGCCCCUCUUCUUCGGGCUGGGCGCCGCUCUGGAAUUUUCCAUGAUCAACUGGACGGUCGGCGAGACGAAUUUCUACAGAACCUACAAGCGGCGACAGGUGCAGGAAUUGGCCGAGGAAAUUGUGUUGCAGCAGACGCAGAAGAACGCCUAAAAUGCCAGCCGGAGUGCCGAUGGGCCAGUAUUUGCGCUUUUCAGCAGCCGCUCUGCUGACCAUGCUUGCUGGUUCUCAGACUGUCCACUACUUGUACAGACCGCUGCAAGACCUGGACAAAUUGGUCCAAGAGGAGGUCGAGAGGAAAUUGGUGGCGAAACGUAGAGCUGAAUAGUCUUCUUUAUAUAAAAAAACGUUAGUUGUUAUCUCGA